CCUGGCGGGUGCUGCUCUCGCGUUAGACGAGCGGCCGGAGCGUCAACAUCACCCGGACACAGCGCCGUCCGAGCUAGCGCAGGGCGAAGGGGGCUUAGAGUCGGGAUAUUUUGUGAGAUGGGGGAUGAUCGACCUUUUGUAUGCACUGCUCCUGGAUGUGGGCAGAGAUUUACCAAUGAAGACCAUCUGUCAGUCCACAAACACAAGCAUGAAAUGACCCUGAAAUUUGGUCCAGCCAGAACAGACUCGGUCAUCAUAGCAGACCAGACCCCAACGCCCACACGUUUCCUGAAGAACUGUGAGGAGGUGGGGCUUUUCAGUGAGCUGGCUAACUCCUUAGAGCAGGAGUUCCGCAAAGCACAUGAGGAUGUCCAGAGAACCAGAAACUCGGCUGCACUUUCACAGACAUCUUCCGAAGUCAAGGACGAGGAUGAGGGACCAUUGCAGGUUGAUUCCUCGCCUCCAGAAAGUCCUGGCUCUACUUCCAGCAUGUCCGACAGCAACGGAGAUCCAAGGCAAGAGACUCCCCCAAGGCCAAUCACAAGCUCUGCUCCCACUCCGACUAUUGUGCGUCCAGGUUCACUGCCGCUUCACCUUGGUUAUGACCCCCUGCACCCAACUCUGCCAUCCCCGACAUCUGUCAUCACACAAGCGCCACCCUCCAACAGACAGCUGAGCUCUCCAACAGGCUCUUACCCGCUGGUAAUGCAUCUUCCAAAUGGGCAGACAGUCCCCCUCCUCCCCAGCCCUGUGCAGAUGCCUUCAGUGAUAUCUCUCGCUAGGCCAGUAAACACCGUGCCUAACAUCCCAGGAAUUCCAGGUCCCCCGGUUGGCGGGGCGAGUAGUGGCUCCUCCUCCCCGUCUGGGUACAGCCUGCAUUCGGAGACCAAGAUGCGGCUGAAGGCAUCACUCACUCAGCAAGGCUCAGGGACCCAGAACGGGGCUGGAGGGGCGACAGGACCCAUUCCUUCAGUCCCUCAGAGGCAGGAACAUAGCCAGCAACCCACUGAUGCACCCUCACCUGCCCAACCACAGGUAUCCCCAGCUCAGCCAACUGGGGGUCGGCGAAGACGCGCUUCGGAUGUAGACCCUGACGAGAGGCGACAGCGCUUUCUGGAGCGAAAUCGGGCGGCGGCGUCACGUUGCAGACAAAAAAGGAAGGUCUGGGUAAACUCCCUGGAGAAAAAGGCCGAGGACCUUGCGAACAUGAACGUCUCCCUGACUAAUGAAGUGACCCUGCUGAGGAACGAGGUGACGCAGCUGAAGCAGCUCCUCCUGGCCCACAAAGACUGUCCAGUCACUGCCAUGCAGAAAAAAGCUGCCUUCCUAGCCGCAGGAGGAGAUGAGAGCUCCAGAGGCCCCUCUACUGAGGCCAUUGGCUCCCCAGCAGCGGUCAUCCAGCAUGGGCCCUCGCCUCCAAACGCUGUCGCAGCCCAGAGCCCGGGGCCCACUAUUAACGGGCUGAGUGUUCGCGCUGCUGAGGCCGUGGCCAUGUCAGUUUUGGCUGGCAUGGGAGUGGGCCAGCCAGGAGGGGUCGUGGCCACGCAGUCCCAGCCAGCCCCCAGAUGAUGCGAAGGCGCAGGUAGCCGGAGUGGACUCAAAUGGAUUUUGGAAGCUGGACUGGUGAACAAUGUAUGUGAGCGGGACCCACUCAUUGUUGAUGUUGUUCUCACUCACACACAUGCAUAGAUAUACACACACACACACACACCACCCUGCUCCCUUUUUCACCCUGCUAUGUGUGACCUUGGACCCAACAGCAGGGAUGUGAACGCGGGUUCCUUUAAGCGUUUAGAUCUGCUGACGUAGCCACAGAAUGAGAAGCUCUGCCCCCCCCCCCCCCCACCGCCGGUGAUAAUCACUGACCACACUGCCUCUAACCCCUAACCCACAUCACCCCAACGCCCCCUGUUUAAAGAACCCUUGUCACCCUGUCCUUCACCCUGUACAUAUGAACAAACUGGGGUGAUGUUCAGUCUCCAGGGAACGGCCUCAGUCCUCCGCAGUGACAACAGCAAGGAACGCCGAGUCAGCAGUCCUGGUGUCGGAGCGUCGGUUAUUUUCAUUUCACCUGUGCUUCAAACGCAGCUUCGACUCAGAUCUGGCAGGCCUGUUGUGACGUGACUGGACACGUAUGGCUGACUGUCUUGUGAUGAGGUGUCCAUCCGUACGACAGCUUCGAUUUCCAAAACCAACGGUUCUGUGUUGGUUUUGCAAGAUUUGGUGACCUUACAACAACAGACAGUCUGCAAAGAGUCUCUUAAUUUCCUGUUUAGAAAAAAAAAAUCUGUCCUCAGUUUUCUAUAUAGAUGACCUCUUUUUAGGUUUUUUAUUUAUUUUGGGUUUUUUUUUUUAUGUGUUGGUUUUGCCACCCUAGUUCAUGUUAAAUGUGCUCGAUGUGUACAUAUUGGUUCCCCGCGUCACAUGGUGCAUCUAAAUGAGGGCUGAUUCGUCACGGAUUGUAACCCACCACGGAGAAGGGAUCAGUUUAUCUAGACCGUAGGUAUGAAACCCGUCGGACUGCAUGGAUUAGUGGAGGCUGAACGAUACCACUGUUUGCUUGUGUCUCGUCACGUUAAUGCCGGUUUUCCAGAUCCGCCGCUCUCCCAUUUCAUCACACGGAACGGCCGAUGGUUGGUCCUGGUCCUGUGAGGGUUCCAUCCUACGUAACGUAACAAACUUGACAUGGUUAGCUUUAGACUAUAUUACGAAAUUAUACAGUAAUCGAUUGUAUUAGAUUUUUAAAUCAUUUACCCAGGCUUGUCAGUUGAGGAGAAGUAGUGCAAUAUAUUUUUCUAUUGGUUACCGGCGUUCUCGCCUUCAGUGGGUCUGUGUAACCCAGUCACGGGGAGGAGAGCGGGUCCGUUCACUUGAAAGACAAAGCAACCGGAGAAAAUGUGAAAACGAGUAUUGAAUGAAAAAGGUGAAUAGUCACACCAGGGAAUUCUAGAUGUCCUAGUCAUGGGUACUUUUUAACAUUGUGUUUAAGUAUUGUCAUCACUUGUGUUGGGUCCUGUCCUUAAAGUUGAGUUGUCAAACAGGGUAGUUGGGGGGUCCUAGUUUUUUUUUAACCACAUUUUGCUUACAAGUGCGUCAUGUUCAUUUUUUUUCCUUACCAGAUGUUUUUUUUUUAUCACGUUUGUUUAAAGUUUUUUGUCCUGCACACGUACGUUGGAAUUCCUCCAUGAAAUGGUUUUUACGUCUCCUUACUUUGGAAGAGGACAGAAGGUUCUUCAGUGUGUUCAACAGAGUUUAACUUCUGCACGGAGAACCCGUCCGGUAGAUGGUCCAGAGGAGGAGGUUCCUCUGACAAUGAGGCCUCAAGAUGGGUGAAAUUAACUUGUGUAUAGUCUCAACUGAUGAAUAAAGUGUCUCUGGCAAAAAAAUAAAUAAGUUAA